AUGAAAUAUUUUUCUAAACUAAUUUCCUUCUUUUUAACGAUUGGGUGUAACACAGAAAGAAGAAAAGCAUAAAUAGAUUAUGGCAAUUUGAGCAUUAUUGUCUUUUACUAUAUUUAAUUACUUGGUUACCUCUAUAGUUAAUUUGAAAGCAAGUCCAUCGUAUUUUAUGAGAAUGAUUAUUUGGCUCAAAUAGGAUAAUAUUCCUCCAUUCCAUUUAUGAUGAUAGUUAUACAUUAUGACCCAUUUACAAAAGCUAUGUACUAUUGUAUUUUUGGUACGAUGUGUUCUAUUUAUGCAGUAAUAAUUUUUUAAAUUGCUUACAAAGUAAUACAUAAUCCUAUAAUAGCCAUUCUCUCCAAAUAACUUUGUUAAUAGAUUUAUAAGAUUUUAUUUUAAGAACUUUUAAUGGUAUUUUUUAACACCUUUUCAUGAAUGCAUGAUUGGAGUAUUGACUUGUGGUCGAUUGGCAUAUUUGGCUUAACAUGGCAAUCUCGACCCUGAACACUGUUUCUCUUUGAUUUCACCUCACUUUUUGGUAAUUAGUAUAAUAGGCUAAGUACUCGUUAUCCUUUCAGGUUUUUUAUCAAUAUACUGUUUUAGAAAUUAUGAGUUUGUCUAAGGAGAUUUGAUGAGAAAAUUUAGUUACUUUAAUCUGAUGACAAUUAUCUUACAUAUGGCAUUAUAAAUGGCAUCUUUUUGGAAGGAAAUGUAUACUAACUACAAUAUAAUAAUUCAUGCAAUAUUCAAUCUCAUAAUUAUUGUUAUUGCUUUUGAUAUAUAUUUGAACAUUCCUUUUGGUUUUUAAUAAGAAACAAUCUUUUUUAGCAAAUGCUUGUGGUGUGCAUGGUUUUUUGAAAUUUUGGUAGCUGUGUGGAUAUUUUCUGAUUUAACUGAUGGUCACAUAUUUAUAACGUUUUGCAUUUGUGUUCCUGUAAUUAAUAUAUCUAUUUUAGUUGAUUUUUGGGAUCAAUCAAACACUCUAUGACAAUUAUAUUGAUAAAGAAUGCAAAUUAUUUUUAAAAUCAAAAUUUUGUAAAAACAGUGAACAUCCAUUAGAGUUCAUAUGUGAAUUAUGCCAUUUAGAGAGCAUUCAUAAAAGAGAUUACUAUCUAUUUCUAAAGUAUUUAGGGAUUCAUUGUUAAAAUUGUAAUGAUUUGUCAUGUCCUUGUAAGUAAAAGUUGAAUAAGUUUAUUUUUGGGUAAAACCAACUUAACACGCCAUAGAUUUACAUUUGGGUGUAACAUUAAUUUUAAAAAAUGAUUAAAUCAAUUUUACAAAAUCCUAAUUAAUUUUAAUACUUUGAGCAACUUACAAUCAAGUUUGUAACUUUUUUGUAAAGAUAUAGAGAAAACUCGGUCUUAUCAUAUAAAAUUAUUUAAGACGUUGUUUACACAUUUAAAAAAAUGAAAUCAGAUAGUAUGCCUUAAUUUUUUAUUAAUUUGACUAACUAAAUACAACAUUUAAAUAAAAUAGAAAUCGAAAACCAUAAUCGAGCAGGUAUAUAAAUUGGAUCUUUGGAAUUUAGAACUUUAUAGGAUUUUAAUUUAUUUUACAAUUUUGAAGAUGAAAUUGUUCAACGAAUGGUUGAUUUGCUCCUUUGUUAAAAAUAAUUGUGGUCAUAAAAAAUGAAUCAUUCAAUUUCCUAUGACAAAAUCAUUUAAUUUUCGUAAUAGAUAAGAAAUAAAACUAAAAUUUUGAAAAAUGAGUUCCUAAAAUUUUAAAGUCAAAGAGAAAUUCCAGCUAUUGAUUCUAUUGUAAUCUAAAAAAUAAAACUAGCAGUCUCAUUAGUUUGUAUGGAAGAUAUUAAUAGUUGUUUAAGGUUAGCUUAAUAAAUUGAGUGUUAAGUAAGGGAACAAACUAGCUAAAAAGGCUAAUAAUUCAAUAAUUUAUACUUUUUAAAUGGUCAAGCUUUAUCAGUAGUUUCUAAUGUACAAACUUAAACUCUGGGAUACAUUACAUAAAAGAUAAAUGAUUAAUUUUGUGAAUUUUUUGGAUAUGACAAUUUAAAUGUUCCCAUAACCAAAGUAGAAUAAUUGUUACCUAUUAAACUUGGUAGAAUUCAUAAUGGUUUGAUUGAAUCUUACUUAUAAUUAGGAAAGACGAACAGAUUGUAUGCGAAUUCUGAAUAGUUUAUUCUGAACUCAGACAACUUGAUUGAAAAAGUUAAUAUAUGUCUAACUGCGUUAUUUCCGUAUUCUAAUGACUAAUAUUAAUUUUGGAUCAUUGGACAUUUAUUGAAAAUGAUGAAAUAUGAAAAAAGGGAAAUUGAUUUAAACAAAAGAGGGUAUAUAUUGGUAGAUUCUGAUUUUUUAAUUUUUGGAAUAACCAGAAACAUCUACGAGAGAAUCAAUCAUAAAUAUUUUUAUAAAAAUAAUACGAACAUUGAUUUAAUUAUACCUGAAGAAAUUUAUGAGUAAGUUGCUAUUUAGGAGUUAAUUCCAUCUAUGUCCUAAAUUUUAGAAGAAUAUUAUAGAGUAUUAACUAUUAAAAAUAAGAAAAGAAUACUGAAAUAGGAUAUGAUAUGUUAGAGAGAAAUUGGAGUGCUUUCAGUACCUUCCUAAAAGCACAAUCAAUACAGAACAUCUUCAUCAUUAUAAACUAAAAAAUAUACUAAUAAAUAGAUGAUGAAUACUUUGAAAGAUAUUAAUACUAGUAUCUAAAACAUAUAAUCUUAGUUUUCAAAAUUAUACCCUAUAGAAUUUAGUGUUGUUUAAAAAGUUCUGUCUUAUUUAGUAAAAGAUUAAACUUGUUAAUUUCUAUAUUUUGUAAUUGAAAUUGACUUUUUGGAAGAUCCGAAAGUAAAUUCAUCACCAACUUAACAAAUUGCAAGAACACCAGCACUUUCUGAUAUUUUAAGAAGAUAAUAAGCAGCAUUAGAAUAGACUAGACCUAAUUAAAGUAAUCUUAUUCUCUCAAAUGAUGGAGAAGAUUUAAAUGAAUAGAUUGAAUUAGUAGCUGAAUUGACGAAUACUGCCACAAAGCAUAGCUCAAAUGAAAUAAAUGAGCAAAUAGAAAAAAUAAUUUUGUUUAUCAAUGAUACUCUUUUACCAAAAGCAAUCAAAAAUUUAAUAGCUCAUUUUCUCUUGUAAAUUGUUGCAUUAUUAAUAAUUAUAAUAUUAAUAUCCAACAUUUUUGAACAUAAAAAGUAUCUUUAAUCCGAUUGCAUUUCAUAAAUCACUGCUGAUUUAAACUUUUUGGAUGCAUAUAGCUAAACCAUGUCAGGAUCUAGGCAUGUAAUCUAUUAUAGAGACUUUUAUCCAUUAUAAAAUGACACAAUUAUUCCAUUUAAUAAUGAUGAGAUAAAUGUUACCAGAUAUGAUAAGAUAUAUAUGGCCUGGCAGCAUAUCGCUAAAGGAAGUGUUCGACUCAAUGAUAUGUAUUCCAGCUAUAAAGAAAUAGCUGCAAAAAGUGAAAUUAAACUUAUUACACUUUAUUUUAUAAAUUCCGAUUUGAAAAGCAAAAUAUCUCAAACAGUAUAAGAUUAUUCUACUUAUUAUCAGAUAAUGCAUUCAUCAUUCUUUUUGGCUUAUAAGUCAUUUGCAUCUUCACCUUUAACUUAUUUAUCUGGGAGAAAUGAUUCAUACCAAACUUAAAUUGCAAGAUCACAAAUUUAUUACAACUUUUUUGAUGUCAGUGAGAGUGCUAAUAUAACUCUUGAGGAUUGUCACAUUUAUAACACUGAGAUGAAUGAUUAUUUUGAUGAGAUAGUCAAUUAUCAAUUCAUUGGAUUUUUUUUAAUUCUUAUUUUGCAAUUGGCAGCUUUGAUUAUUAAUUAUUUUAAAGUAGUUCACACUAUAAAAAUCUAUCUCAAAUUAUUUUAAAUGUGUGAUAAGGAGGAUUGUGUGUAGAUUAUUCAUUAAUGCGAUUAACUAAUAAGUAUGGUGUCAUACAACAGAAUCUUCUUAAGACAGAAAGAUUAUAGCUUAAUUUUGAGCUUGCCUAAAUGUAUGUUGGAUGACAUUAGAAAAACCUAAAAUAAAACUUCAGUUGUAGUUGUUAAAAAAAAAAGGAUUAAUUAAAGAGAAAUCUAAGAAAUUUCUAAAUAUUCAAACUUUUGCUCUAUUUUUUCCAUUGUCGUAGUCUCAAUCAUCAUCAUCUCAUAUGUAUUGGCUUUUCUGCUUUAUUAUCUUCAAAUAACCAGGUCUAUUGGACCUAUUAGCAAUAGAGCCAUUUUAGCUUAAGAAAACAGGUUGAGUUUUAUAGUGGCUGCAAAUAGAUUCGACCUAUUUUUAAUAAAGUAGUAUUUUGAGGUUUACGCAUAAAUUAAUAGGUCAGAUCCAGGUCAUCAACUCAUAACCAGAAACAUAUAAACUGAUACUUAGAUUUUGAAUUUGUUAGAAAUUGAUGAAAAACUAAUUUAAGAAGAUAUCUCAAGAUUAAAGAUGAUAGAUUUUACAAGUCUAAUUCUCAAUGUUGAUCAAUCCAAUUCUGGACUCAAUGCUUCGCAAUAAGAUUAGCUUCUAGGUUAAGAUGUAUGUCUUUUAACAGGUUGUGAUAUGCAAACUCAAUUAUUAUAUGAUAGACUGUACCAAAAGACAUUAGUUCCGCUUUUUUAAACUGGAAUUGUUCAUCUCUAAUCUAAAGUGAUAUCUUUUGUAGAAGGAGCCUCUUAAUUAAUAUUUAGAUAAUAAUCUUACUUAGAGAAAGCGCUUGCAUUGGAAAGCAUAUUCGAUGAUAGUGAAUAUCUGAUUUAUAUGUUAUGGGGAAUCGAUAUCAUUUAAUUUCAGAUAAGUCAAUUUAGUCAAUACUUCUUAGAUAUCUCGUCAUAAACUAUAGGUAAAUUAACUAAGGACAAUUAAACCCUUAUCAUUUCAAUAGGGAUCUUGAUAUUUAUCUUUGUUUUAGCAUUCUAAGUUGCGUUUGGGUAUUAUUAAUUCAACAGAUAUGUGCUUUCAAAAGCAAUCAUCAAAUUUAUACCACUUCCUAUCUUAUUUUAAAGAAACAUUCCAAAGCAUUUAGAAAGCUUUCGAAGAAAAUAUGAAAAAUGA